AACGGCACGCCGUAGGCGCUGUAGUCGCCACUCGCCAUGGAGAUGGGGGUGGCCGAGUCGAUCAUGCCGGCGGAGCCAUACACGUGUGGCCAGCCGGUGCCCAGCGAGCUGCCCAUGGUAGUCAACUGGUUGGGGAGCGGGUAGGCAGCGGGCACCGGCUGCAUGGCGGAGAAGGCCAGCCCCCCAGGCAUCUUGUAUUCCCGCGCGAUGAUGUUCUCGAUGGCGAAGGGGUGCUUGAAGCCCGAGGGCUGCGCCACGCCGCCCAAGUUGUAGGCGGCGGCGGGCAUCUGUGGCAGGUGCGUGCCCGAGGCCGCCAGCGCGCUGAGCCGCAGCUUGGCCUGCUGCUGCAGGUACUGCGCCGCGUCGGCUGGCUUGCUGGGCGCCAGGUGGUCGGACUUAAGCACCUUGAAGCGCUUGCGGCGCCGCAGGAAGCUGCCGUUCUCGAACAUGUCCCCGCAGCUUGGGUGCAGCGCCCAGAAGCUGCCCUUGCCUGGCUGGUCCGGCCGCCGCGGGAUCUUGAUGAAGCAGUCGUUGAAGGAGAGGUUGUGGCGCAGACUGUUCUGCCAGCGCUGCGUGUUCUCCCUGUAGUAGGGGAAGCGGUCCAUGAUGAACUUGUAGAUCUCGCUCAGCGGCAGCAUCUUCUCGGGAGAGCUCUGGAUGGCCAUAGCGGUCAGCGAGAUGUACGAGUAGGGCGGCUUCUGGUCGCUGUACGUGUUGCGGCCGGGCCGAGGCAUCUUCUUCCUCGCCCUCUUCUUGCUCUGGGUCCGCGCGGGCCGGCGGACUGCUCGGAUCUGGGAAGGGGGAGGGGGGUAAUAGGGAAAGGUAGCAUGGAUGCACAGAGACACCGGCGGGGUCAGCCAGACCGAGUAACAGACUUCGGGGCUCGGGGGUGGGGCCUGCGGCGCUCGAUCAGCCAGCGCCCGGACUCUUUCGCCAGCAACUUUGCGGGCUUAGUGGGCGCGGGAGGGGAAGCCGGCGAACGGCGCGAGGAUAGCCGGGAAGUAAGUCGGUACUGGGGCCAGAACAGGGGGCAGGGACGGAACAGAGAGCUGCUCACCUUAAAGUUGCUUCAAGUUGCGCGUCCGCAUCCGGGAGGGCGCCGCUGCGCGCCGCUUCUCUCUCGGCGCGCACUCGACGCGCACUCCGCGCGCAGCGUCCGGGUCCGGUUGGACUCGGCGCGAACCUGGGCUCUUGAGCUCAGCCCCGCAGCGUCCCGUGCCGCCCGGUCCGCGACGCUCCUGGAGCGUCCUGCGGGCGGCCGAGCUCGGCUGCGGAGUCCCGGCGCGGAUGGUGGCAGCGACGUGUUAGGGCUCCGGAGGGCGCUGCUGUGGGCUCCGCGUCUCCGCUGAGCUAGGUGGCUGCCUCCAUGUCCUCCCUCGAACCAUCUGAUAGUUUUAAGCGGUGACAGGAGCAGAAAAGACCCCUGUAGCGGCGCUUCAUUAAUGUGCCACUUCUUAGCUAUCAUAUGACAAUCGCCUUGGGAGGAGGAGGAAGAGGAGGGGGAGCGGGGGCUGCAGAGGGAGGGGACUGAGCGAGAAGGGAGAGCCCGGCCAGCUCUGGUUUCUUUCACACCUAUUUACAUGGACACCUUGGCCAAUAGGAAUCACUUCCAGCUCAAGACUGGGCGAGGGGGAAGAGCCUCGGCCACUGGGCAGGCAGCUGGACGCGCCGGCCGGUGUGCGCCGUGUGAAGGUAUGAGGAAGCGGCCGCCGCGGAGGAGGGAGCCAGGCGACCACUCACGUUCACAGAUGGAGCAGCCGCGCAGAUGAUGUUUGACAUGGAAAUUGCUUGGCUGGGGUAUUCUGUUUCCUCUGCGUUGUAUCCGGUUUGUAUCGUUAGGUACCUUUAGGCACGGCUUUCCCCUGAAGCCGACCCUUUUCCUGGGCUUAGCACUACCCGGGGUUGGUUGCAUGGGUUAUAAUAAUGAAAACACACCCUUGCCCCCCAGUCCCCGGAGAGUUAGGUUGAAAUUUGACUUGACUUUCCUAUGCAGCUGCUUCAGCUUUGUAUAGUUAGUGUGUAGCUUUGAAAAAGUGAUGGGGUUUACAAAUACUUUCAAAAUGUGAUUGGACAUCCCCAUGUAAGAACCCAUUUUGAAUGUAACUGUAUUGACCAAAUUUUUUAAAAUUAAAAUAGUGUAUCUGG